CAACAUUUGUUUUGUUAUCUUACCGCUUGUUUUUUUUUUUCGCCGUUACACAGUUACUAUAUGUCGACAGAGUUAAAUGCACAGGAUUUCCAGUUGACCGGACAAUAUACCCAAUCGUAUUCUGGAGCAAAUACGAACUGAAAAAAAGAGAACGGUUUGAGAUAAAAAGAGGUGGCUUUGGUGGAGAGGAUUUGCAUGAAGUUGGUGUGGUUAGACGGGAUCCAAGGAAAACAGAGUUACAUGCUAAUGAUGAAGUUCUGAGUAAUGAGAUUGCAUUGAUAGAAAAACAUUUGGACGUGAUGGAGGCGAAAAGAGUUACGGUGCAAAAAAAAUUGGAAGUAGUGUUCAAUGCUCAUCCAGACAACGAGCAAGUUAAAAAAUUGAUACAACGCUUUGAGAAAAUUGUACACUCAAAAAAAACAAGGGUAUCGCUGUGGCCUGAUUCCCCAAGGGAAAAAAUUGCUGGGGUGCUCAUGUCUCUUAACAAGACAGUCCAAAACCCAGAUAAUGAUUACACGGAAGACCCUGUAGAUGAUGUGCCAAACGCGGCUGCAGUGGCAAAGAUCAAUGAUUCGAAUAAACCGAAUCAUGUGGAUGUGCGAAAUAAAAAACGCAGUGCAGCGAGUGAUGAUUUACUGAAAAAAGCAUCUGGCAAUGAUCGGGGGAAUGGCAAUGGUAAGCGAAUGAAGAAUGAUUUGUCGGCAAAAGCAUCUGGCAAUGAUCGGGGGGAUGGCGAUGGUAAGCGAAUGAAGAAUGAUGUGUCGGCAAAAGCAUCUGGCAAUGAUCAGGGGAAUGGCGAUGGUAAGCAAAUGAAGAAUGAUGUGUCGGCAAAAGAUCGGGGUAGGGCUGACAAAACACCAGAGAUGAUAGAUGGAGAAAGAUGCGGAGAUGCCACUACAAAAAAAAAUGCUACAUGUGGAGACAUAGGCAACAAAGAAAAUGAGGCAAAAGAUCAAGAGACGAUAACUACAACAAACAAGAACAACGAAACACAAAACAUGCAAGGAUUGUUUGAUGCGCCUACCUUUCACCUGCUCACACAAGACACCGAAUUAGGUGAUGAUGUCGAUGAUACGCAUGACAAAAAUCAAGAAGGGAAGGGAACGGCUGAAAAGGAUAUCACACGUAAUGCUUGGAUAAAGGAAAUCGAAUCAAGACGAAGAAAACCAGUUGGUAGGUUCGCCAGCUCACGUGAUGACCAUGAAGACGAAAUGGGAAUAGACAUUACAACGGAAGAACAGCGUAUUUGGGAUUUUCUAUUCGAUGUGAAGUACUCAGUGACACGUGGAAUGGUCAUCUCCUUGUCUAGCGGGGUAACAAAAAAAUUUGGUCAAUCUGCUGGAGAUGUUAUCUUCGAGAGUAUAUACGGCUUAGAACUCACAAAAACGCUGAUGCGCACUUUGAGGGGGGAAGUGAAGGUCUGCUCUGAUGUAGUUGAUGCUUGGGUAGAUGUGAUGAAUUUUGAAGAACUUGACAGAAGCGACGGCUGCCCAACGCGGGUUUAUUUUAACACAACUGUGAUAGACAGCUGGCUUUUGACGGAUUCUACUUGUGAUGAUCAUGAACGUAUGCAAACGUUCGGCGAAAGGAUGGUCAUAGGCGGCGCAUAUGAUUUCAUUGGGAUCAAAAUGGGUUUCUUUCCAAUCCUCGAGAAUGAUGAAUAUUACAUGCUUGUUUUCGAUCUGGAAAACGGUGAAAUAACCGUCAUAGACCACAAGCCUGAUCGCACACCCUUAGCUGGCAUUAGGGAUCAUCAAGACUACUACAAAAAAGAUACACCAUACAAAGUGAAGCAUAUGCUGGACAAUUAUUUGGAGCAUUGCAAACAUCCGUUAAAGGAUAAAAUUGCACCAGCCAAGAUUAAAAGGUGUGAUAUCCAUUGGGCGACAAGUGCACAUCCAAUGGAUAGUGCAGUGUUCCUUAUGCACCACAUGCAAAAUUUUAACGGCGUUGGUAAACACUUUGAAUGUGGUUUUAGUAGCAACUGGAAACAAAAGCAAAAACAGAUUCUUACCCUCCGAAAAAAAUUCGCUACACGCAUACUACUCUGUGAUGUGAAUGUGGUGAAGGCAAAGGUUCGUGAUGCUGCAUUAUCAGUGUAAGUUGCUGAUCCGUAUGGUAAUGUUAUGUUUUUUUGUGGAUGUGACUAUGGUGUACAACUUAAACAAUUUAAACUCGUACUUUGUUAGUUGCCUAUAUGUAUCUAACUAUUAAUGUCUGUCGUUGAUCCGGACAUCUUAAACAUUUUGGUGAAGCAUAAGUAAACUACUGGAAAGUUUGACAA